CAAUGGAGUCUCCAACGACAAGAGGCCGAUCGGUCGCGGCGGCGACAGCGGUGAUGUUGAUAAAUUCCGA